AUCUGUGAGGUACGUCCUCUACUCUACGAGCGCCGACACGGCUACGACGCUGCUACGCCUGCUACGACAACUACGCUUUGUAGCACACGACUGCACAGAGUAUUCCCAGUACGUACAUAGAUCGUAUCGAACUUUGGAGCGGUGCACGAGCGGCAGAAAAGCCGAUUUAAUUCCGACGGGUUCCACACUAGGUAUUUGAAAUAAUUGCGUUUUUUUCUCGUUUCUUCUUUUUUUAACUUUUUGCGCUAUAACUCUUAAAAUGCCAAAUCUGGCGCGCUCUCCACCACUGAAUAAAUCUCUAAGUAUGACAGAUUUGGAUACUGAAAAAGUUGGAGAUAAACCAACAUGCUCUUCAGGCGAAAGCGUGCAUAACAUCCAACGUGAAAAAAAGCGGCGCCGAGUUACUGAUGAUGUAGUAAGCCCAAAAAGUUCUGAACCAUUAGACAUACGGACCAUCAUUCGCGAGGAACUAAGUGAAAUAUUAAAAACCCUGCAAAUUCAGCAAAAUUUGCGUAUGGAUGCAAUCGAAAAACACAUUUCAGAAAUUAAAAUCCAAAACGAUACGAACCUCAAGAAAAAUAUCGAUAUUGAGAAGUCGAUAGAAUUUGUUGCUGCCAAAAUGGAGGAAGUUCAACACACUAUAAACUGUCUGGAGAAGGACCGCAAUGAUAUCUCUGCACAGAUAACAACAAUUGAAACGAAAUGCGAUACGUUGGAUAGACUGGCACGAAAGACUAGUAUACAAAUAAGAAAUGUUCCAAGACAAAAGGCUGAAUCUAAAGAAAAACUAUUCGAAAUGAUAAACAAAUUAUCAACCUCUCUGGGAAUCAAUAUGGGAACUUCGGACGUUCGUGACAUCUAUCGUUUGCCAAGUAAACCAGAUCAAGUGAACACAACUAUAGUAGCUGAGUUUUCGUCUACACUUACAAGGAGUUACUUUUUGAGUGCUGCUAAAGACUUUAAGUCCUCUUCAAUAAAAUUCAAGACUGAGCAACUUAAUUCAACACACCUAGGCAUAGAAGCACCUAAAUCGGAAAUAUACCUAUCAGAGCACCUAACCCCAAUCUGUUCUCGCUUGUUCUACCUCGCCCGAGAGUUCCGCAAAACUAUGGGAUAUGAUUAUUGUUGGACCUCAAACGGGCUAGUGUAUCUACGGAAAAAACAGGGAGAACCCUACAUAUUGAUUAAAAACGAAGCUCAAUUACAGAUUCUAGGAAAUAAGUGACUAGUUAAGAUCUUUUACUAUAUUAAAAUUAUAUUAACCUAUAUCAAAGCCAUACAGGAAUCUCCCAGGCCUAUUGUUAGAUCUGAUCGUCAAAAAAUAAAUUGCCAUUUUAACUUUAUAUUAUUUAAACACACAAUAUUCAUUCGUAAAUAUCAGCAGUCACCGCCAAUUUCACAAUACUGUCCAAAAUCGAUAUCAAUUACAUAUAAACUUCAAUGCCUCUAUAAUAAACUUAUUGCUCAAAUUACUACAUACUUGAAAUUAUUACUCUUGAACAUUAUUUGGUACCUGCAUUUCACUGAGACUAAACUCACAAUAAUAACUAAAUAUGGAUAGCGAAAAUCUUUUUGAAGAAAUCGAAAAAUCAUGUACUCCUGAUUGUAAACUCAUUGAAAAUCCCAGCGGCGACCUUGUAAACCAGUUAAUAAACAAUAAAAAUCAAUUCAAUAUUAUAUCUUUUAACAUAAGAAGUGUUAACAAAAAUCUUGACAACUUUUUAAUAUUCUUAACAAAGUUAAAAACUAAAAUACAUAUUAUUGUUUUAUCUGAGUGCUGGUGUGAUGAAAGUUCGGUCCCCCCAUU